AUGUUCCCCACUCUCCGUCGCCUUUACGCGACUAUCCCUGAGGCAGCGGCUGCUGCGCGUACGGCCUCUACGCCGCGGGCAGUUCGUCUACGUCGUGCGAAAAAGGGACUCGACGCAUCACUUCUCCAAUCCGACGCGACUCCCGAAGGACUCACUCCCUCCGAAUUUGCACGGUAUCAGCGGGCUCUUGCCAAGGGCGAGCUCCUCAAAAACGAUGGGACGAACUUGACGGAAGAGGAGUGGUUGGCACGACUGGAUACGAAGCGGAGCAGGAUUCGCGGUGUGCGAGAAGUGGUGAAGGGCGGACAGGCAAUGUCAGAGGUAGUUGGCCAAAAGGUUUUUCUCCCGAACAUCAUCUUCAAGAUGGUCCGCAACCACACUCCUGCCGGACAGCCCUACAAUCCGUACGAGGCCACCUUCCGUGUUCCCCAGUCUGUGACCAAAACCGACAUCCGAUCCUAUCUGCUUGCCGUCUACGGCGUGAAGACCACCUAUAUCCGUACCGAUAAUUACCAGUCUCCGCUUCGCAAGCGGUUUGGCAGGCCAGUGGAGACCAUUGCUGAUCGGACAUACAAGCGCGCUGUGGUCGGUCUCGUCGAUCCGUUCUACUACCCCCUCGCGGAGGAAGACAUGUCUGCGCAGGAGCGCGCGGACAGGCGAAAGUGGAUGCAGGAGAGGCUUUUGGUCGGCAAGCGGGAGGAGGAUAUGCAGUCAUACUUCUUGCGCCAUACUCGCUCUUCGGAUGGGAAGGGAUGGAAGUGGCGUACGGGUAUCACGGCCUCGAGAGGGAACAUCUUGCGCCUCAUCGCUGAGCGUCGCGCAGAGCGGGAGCGGGCUAUCGUGGACGUCAAGGCUCGUAUCCAAGAGGAUCGGCAGAAGGACGUUGCGGAGGCCGCAUAGAGUUUUGUACCGUACAUUACAUUUUCCGCUAUCAGUCAUAAUGUGUUGUGCUCAACUUCCGCAUAACGCUGCUUUGUUUCCCCACGUCACAUGUCGUCAUCGUGAUGCUGUCUCAACACCAAGUCGACCUAGUACGACAAGGUCAAUCGGUGGCCAUAGCACACUGGCUGAAAGGCGCUGGCGGCAGCUCGAGACUAGGCGUCCUUUCGAACUCUGGUAUCUCCGCAGCAGGCGGAGUGCUUGCUAGCGAGGUCUAGCGGCGUUUCAUGAUAUCAUUCAUGU